AACAUGGCGAACAGUGUUUUUAGUAGGUUAUAUCGUGCAUUUCAAACAUUUGAUCAAGCAAUUGAUAUUAUUUUAGGUCGUAGUCUGCCACCAGGAAAUUUAUGUGCAAUUGGUUGUAAUGCUAUAAACCAAGUCCAACCCAAAACUUUUCCUGCACAAUCAUUAAAGGAUAUUUUAAAUGAUGCAUUUUUAUGGGCUGUACCUAAGAAACGACGAAGUCUAGAAAAGCGUCUUUGUAGAAGAUUUGGUAUUCCUGAACUUCAUUGGAAGCCCCCUGUUCCAAAAACUAAUAUUUUAAUGUGCAGAAAGUGUGGUCAUAAUCAUGAAGCUAAUACAUUAUGUGGAUAUUGCUAUGAAAUAGUCAAAAAAGAAACACAGAUAAUGCAAGAAGCUAUAAAAAAGUCAUUGGGAUUAAAACCUAUAGAACAAGAUGUUAUAGUGUUAUACGAAGGAGAAAAAGAAGAACUGCAAGAUAAGUUUUGGAAGAACCAAAGAAUUGUAGAAUUGCCCAAAAAAAGACCUGAGUGGUUCCACCAGAAUUUACUUCAACCAACAACACAAGACUCAGCUGACUUACAAGAUGAAAAACCUGAAGAUAGUUCUUCAAUAAAUAUAAAAAAUGAUUAA